AUGAAAAACCAGAGUCUUGUGUCUGAAUUCAUUUUCACUGGAUUUCCUGAAGUGUAUGAAACAGAAAUUCUAUUAUUUGUUAUGUUUUUGUGUGUCUAUGUUAUAAUAAUUAUUGGAAAUCUCAUCAUUAUAACCUCUGUAUACUGGGAUACACGCCUUCAUACACCUAUGUACUUUUUCCUGGCAAAUAUUUCAUUCCUUGAAGUUAGCAUAGCAACAGUUGUAAUACCUAAAUUACUAUCCAUUUUGUUGUCUUCUAAAAAAUCUAUAUCUUUGGCAAGCUGUUUUACUCAGUGCUAUUUAUACUUUUUAUUGGGAACCAUAGAUUUCAUUUACUUGGCAGCAAUGUCCUUUGAUCGGUAUGUUGCUAUAUGUAAUCCCUUGCACUAUAUAACCAUCAUGAGCUGGAGCACAUGUUUUUAUUUGACAGUGGGAUCUUGGUGGGUUGGACUGCUCUUAGUUACAUGCCCAGCAGUUGCCAAAUUUAUUCUGCCAUACUGUGAGGCAAAUAAGAUCAACCAUUUUUUCUGUGACUCUAUCCCUCUCAUGAAGCUAGCCUGUAAGGAUACUACUCUUCUGGAGUUAAUUGAUUUUAUACUGUAUUUAUUUGUGAUAAUGUGUUCUUUAUUUAUAACUAUCAUCACUUAUUUUAUGAUUAUAAUUGUCAUCCUUAGAAUACCAUCAGUUAAUGGACGCCAAAAGGCCUUCUCAACUUGUGUAUCCCAUCUCUUGCUAGUAUGUCUUGGUUAUGGUGGCCCAAUUUUCAUCUAUAUUAUUCCCAAAAAACAAUAUUCUCUUGAUUUAAAUAAGUUUGUAAGUGUAAUAACAGUAUUUGUAACUCCUACUCUAAGUCCUUUUAUUUUAUGUCUAAGAAACAAAAGUGUACAAGUUACAUUAAUGGAUAUGAGGGCUUAUUUAAGACAUACUAAGAGGGGCAGAAUUGCACCCUUAGGAUAA